AUGGGCCUCUCCCAUCUGGCGCGCCCGUCCAUUCUCUGCCAGUGCGCCUGCUGUUCGAGCUCUCUAGCCGCAUGCGAGAAUGAAUGGGCCAGACUGUCCGAUACAUACUCUACGGUGACUGGCUGGCUCAGCAUCGAUUUAGAUCGCAUCAGAGUGUCUUCGGAUAAGAAACAAAUCCCUCAAUCCUCAAGUCUCGACUUCGUCCGCGGCCGCGUCAUACAGGAGAUUGUAUGCAGGCUAUGCCACCAGAAACUAGGCGCACUCGUCCACCUGGAGCCAGAUGAAAAGGUAUUCUGGAAGCUAUCCAAGGUAUCUUUUAGGGAGAUCAUAUCGAUGAAAGAAUCACAGCCCGUCUUCCGAGAAGGGUCUUUACCUUGGCUUCUGUUUUCCGACCAACACGAAGUUGUGGCCCAAGACGAAUCGGCCGCGAGUCCCUCUACUCCCAGCGUAUCGGAGACGACGCUCAAUAAAGCAAUAAAAAGCCAAGGCGCGAGCCUGCACAGGAUAUCAAGCUCUGUUGACGAGCUCCACGACACGAUGGCGGAUUUGAAACAAUCGUUCAAAUCUCUACGGCUCGAGCUACAUACCACACCCUCCUAUCGUGGCCAAGUCGGUCAGUGCGACGAAGCAAUGGACAUGUUAAAAAUCGUUUUGAAGGAACUCCAGUCCAAGGCCGAUGACAUCGAGAAGCUCAGGUUGGAGAACGAGUCAUUGAAGUUGAAAAACAGGUACCUGGAAGAGCGCCUUGUAGGAGAUUCAACCCCUCGCUUGUUGGAGGGUCGGUUUAUACCAGCAGUACAAAGUCCAGGCUUUCUGAAUGAAAAUGGAAGGCGAUCGUGGACAGAAUCCGUCGCAAAUCAGCAAAUACCGGAUUCAUUUGAAGGGGAUAUUGAGUCACUUGAUCGCACACCCAUUGCCGAUCCGAACGAGCCAGGGUUACCUCCUAUUAAAGUUCCUCUCAAACCCGCUGUUGAGAAAUUACCUAUGCAUAUUCGUCAAUUGCCGAGUCAAGACGAUCAAGCUGUGUCUGGAACAACCAGGUCUCGAAGAAACUCGGGAGAGCCAGCAACAAAACGGCAGCGCCUCAAUAUUUCCGAAGAAUCAGUAAGCUCAGUCAAUGUUCAAGUGCCAAAGGAAAAACGAGGACGCCCACGCAAAUCUCAAAUUUCGACGUCUUCAGUACUCCAACCCCCCAACUCAACUACUGUUGUUCCCACGCCGGAAAGUCACGAUACAUCUCCUGUCACACCAGCAGAAGAGCUAUCAGUCCACCCAGUCGAGGAGCUGGCGAGGUCAGGGGGGCCAAGAACAAGAGGCAGGCUACGGACUAGGUCUAGGCCAUCAGUUUCUCGCGCUCUUUCAAGGGAAGUAUCCACUACUUCAAGGACUACUCGACAGUCGAAACUGCAAGAAACAUCGUCUCAACAAUCUUCGGAGAAGCAGACUAAUAUUGCAGAAACCGAAAUUCAGAGAACCCCAGUAGUUGAAGUUGCUGUCAACGUGGCAGAAUUGACACCCCAAAGUGAGAUCGAGGGAAAUGAUCUUUUUGCGAAGGGCAAGAGGGAAAAAGGCCAUAAGGAAGGAAACGAAAACAAUCCCGACGAACACAAUGCUCGACUUACCGGCAAAGAUGCACUGGCAAAAGCGGCAAUGGAGAGGGAAGAAGCCAUGGCUGAUGGUUAA